CUACCACUUUUCUUGUCCGCCAAUCACCGCGUCACUAAACAAGGAUAGAGACUCGGGUGAAAGCAUCUAUCCUCGUCCGAAGUUUGACCAUUCUUUCUGCACAGAAAAGAUACGGGACGCGCAGUCUAUUUCUUAUAUGUCUAUGGGUUUAACGCGUUCAAUCUUCUUUGUCAAUCUGUGCUAACCAAUCACAGUUCAUGUUUAUGAAGAAAAGAUGCGUUACGCCGAGUUCAGCAAGUUGGGCUUCCGUUAAUUCGAGUUAACCGUCAAUUGUGAAACCGGGCCUAAGACAGAUUUGAAGUUUCGUUAAAGUUUCAUUGAAAAAAAAGCACGUCGAAGCGAAUAGGAGCAUGUUGGCGCAUGCAACGCGAACAAGCCUAUUGGCAACUACGUAGCCAAUGUUGACGAACGACUCGAGAUGUCUGAUGUCACACGUGGGUUAAUUUUGUAUUUUCAAUAAAAAAAAAGAGGCAAGAAAAGGAAAUAAUUGUUGUAAAAGAGCUGUAAUCUUCAAAAUGAUUAUGCAUAGGUUUUGGAGGUUCUCACGAGUGGCAAAGAGAAGAAAACGAACUCUAAAAGUGUGUCUUCCUCACGUAAUAAGAGACAAAAAUGAUGUUUCAAUCAAAAAUUUAUUUGUGGGUGAUUUUUAUGUAAAAUUGCCACGGCAGUCUAGCAGAUCUUGCCACGUUGUGUUUCCCGAUGUCGAAUCAAAGAUGAAGAACCACGAGCUUGCCAAAGAUAAGACGAUCAAUGGCAAGCGAGUUAUUAUUGAAUCAUUACGCCCUAUACAGCUUAAAAAGAGACCCAAAAAGAUAAAAAGAAAAAAGAUCUAUAUGCCUAAAAUCAAGUCUGAAGUCAAAGUGACUCAAACAUUGUUUGUGUCAAACAUACCAAAUGAUACAAAAGUAAAUGAAAUACGAGAUGUUUUUCCCGAAUGUGUGUGUGUUACUUUGUUGAGAUCUUAUAACAAAAACUUUAAAUGCGCAAUGGUUAGAAUGAAUAGUAUUGAAGUAGCAGAAGAAUACUUGACGAAAAAGCGGGAAUGGCCAACUUUAAAUGAACAAAAACUGUACUUACAUGUAGACACUAGAAAAAAGCACAAGAAAAGAACUCCUAAGUCUCUAAAAAUUUAUGAUGAGAAUGGAACAGAAAUACCUAAAUCUAGUGAGAGUUUAAAUUGUAUAAAAGAAGAAAAUGAAAGUAAUUAAAGCUAUAAAACAUUUAAUUUUA